AUGGUCUGCUCAAAAUGCCAGAAGAAGCUGAAAGCCACCGAGCUAGCCACACCAGGCGUGAAGCGCAAGAGCGAGAUGUACUACGGCUCGCCCUCGACGACCUCCGGUGGUGGCGCUGGAGCGGGCUCAGCAACGGCGAACAAGUCCAAGGCGACGCUGGGGAAUACGGGUGUCUCGAAGAACAAGCUGCUUAGCUCGAAGGCGAAGAACCCAUAUGCGGCGUACUCGUCGUCUUGUGACAUGUGUAAGACGAAGACGGAGCAGGGGAGGAAGUAUUGCCAGCGGUGUGCGUACCAGAAGAAUGCGUGUCCGAUGUGUGGGAAGAGUUUGACGGGCAAGUCGUCCAAAGACCAGCCUGUGGUGACGGGUCAGAAGUUCAACCUGAAAUGA